AUGAAAUUGAUUUUUCUUGCAAUUGCAGUUUUCAAUCUGAUAAAUGCAGAAACAAUUUGCAACUUUAAUGUCAAAUUUCACUGCGAUUUCACGCCAUGGAACUUGGGAUUCGAAUUUUUCGAGAAGGAUUUGAUGUGAGUUCUAUUGUUGAAAAACAUUUGUUAAAAAAACUGAAAAUUUUUAGUUCAAGCCACGUGGGAUACGAAUACGAAUAUCAAAAACAAAAAUACAAGAAUUUCGACAAAAAUGUGACCUUUGAUGUAUGGUUCGAUGGAUUAACAGUGAGUUUUGCAGUGAAUCAGAAAUCAGAACUGAAAAUCUGUUUCAGACUCAUUAUGAGAUCAACUUGCUCAUCGAGCAUACAUGCACCAAAUCGAAAAAAAAAUAUAUUUAUUACUGGAAAGAAAUCACAUUUUCCUGGUUUGAUGAGUAAGUUUGCACGGUAUGGCACAUAAGAAACUUUUCUUUAGAUUCUACAAUGGUACAAUCGAUUUGAAUUUGACUGACCAAGGUGAUGAAUUUGUGCCCUGGUACAAGCGAAUUCUAAGUGUCGGUGAAGGAAAUCAAACCCCUCCUUGA